AUGCAAGAACGGGAUGUCAAUGAUUUGAAAAACUACUAUCGCACUUUCUCUCGGGUCUCCGAAAGGCUUACUUUAAUGCACCUCUUAAGCAAGACCGAACAAAGCCGCUUGUUCUUUUUCGGAUUGCUCGUCGGAAUCCGAAACAAGACGAUUAAGCAUUAUAUUCGGACUUUGGUUAAAGAACACACGGAGCUAGCUAGCGUUCUUGAGUCUGUUAAAAAAGCUUUAAUAGUAGUGCCGUUUACUCGUGAACUACGGUUCACGAGUAAAAAAAAAGAAAUUGACAAAUUCGAUUCGAAGACCGCGACGAAGCCUUUAUUAAAUAUACCGCUUAAGAUGCUCGAAGUAAGGUCAGCUUCGGAAGAGGAGUUCAAAUUACUGCUAUCGGCUACGGAUUAUAAAGACGAGGAAGAAGAAGAGGUAAAGGAUACGGGAGCUAGAUGCAAGAUUAUAGCUUCUACGAGAAUUCCGAAGACACAAUUCAAGCUUUUUAUUAAUAUCGGGAUGAGUUAUAAAGGUUGCUUCGGUCGAGAUCAACGCCGCCGCAAAAGACAAAGCCAAGAAGCCUUUUUAGCCUUCGAAAGGAUCCAAGCUCACUGGAUCAAGAAGAAUGUCCGACAACAGAAGGAGAAGAACUACGGCACCUUUAGAGCUUAUGCCUUUCAAGAAUCGGGUACUGCUGUAAAGAUAGACUCGAAAGAUAGGCUAUUCGAUAGUUUAAUUAAAAAAGAGUCUUCUGGAUCUUUUAGACUAAUUAAAGCCGACGAAGCUAUAGAGGAUGUGGAAAGAGAGGUUAAGAUCACUUAG